UUAAAACCUCCCCACCGCACUGGUGUUUCCGAUGUUCCUGCGAGUGCACACAGAACUUCGUGUCCCACGUGGGAAGGCGGCGCGCCCACCGCAGCACAAAGGGGGCUGCGGGUGGGGGAGGGGCUUCCCAAAGACUCUUUUAAACACCCUAACUUAAACUGGGGCAGACAACGUCUAACACACUUAGCAAUAAUGUUCAGAUUCCUUUCAACACUGCCGAUGAGGAACAAACAGACCUAAAACACUGCCUGACGUUUUUUAAAAAGUCACCCUCACACACAGGAACCCCCAGAACGCCGCCUUGCACGUGCACGAGAGCCAGCCCCCGACCUGCACAGCGAAGGACGCGGAGGAGCGACAGGCCUUCCUGGUCCUCCUCCCAACGCGAGAGAGGGACUUCCGUUUCAGAAAACCCCACCCAGUCCCCUAACUGGUGGCUGGCCACUCCCGUGUACACCUGCACUCGCGGCUCGGCGGUGGAGAGGCAAGCUGGGUUUUCAGCCCGAAGAGAACCCCUUUGCCAAGUCUCUUCGGAACGCCAAUAUGCUUCAAGUACGACCCGGGCUGAGAGAUCCCUCCUGAUUCCCCAAACGUCUAGGUGGCCUGCGUGGGCGCCUGCCGGCAGCAGCCUCCUACCUCGGUUCGUGCCUCGCUCCUGCAGGGGGAUUAAUUAGCCGGGCUGGAGCUGAAGGAGGCUGUCGUGACGAGCCCAGUGGCGAUUGGCCGCCAGCCUGCCUGGCCCUGCCUUUAUAAUUUCCACACGAGUGCAUCUGGGCUCCGAGACAACCCGACAGCAGCUCCUCCUGACACAUCCACAUGCACACGCACCCGGCGCACACUCGGCGCCGCUCUCCUCCGCCCGAGCCCCGUCCCGCACGCACGAUGACUCCCGGACAGCGUAAAUAAACGGGAGGGCCGCGAGUUGGGACUCCUGGAAAAGCUCUGCUGGGUGUCAGCGCAACUUUUGUUUUUAUAGCUGAGAGGGGGACCUCUCCACGCCUCCCUCUCCCACCAGGAUUCUCUUCAGGGAGGAAGAGGAGAGGCAGAGAAAGGGCGGGGAGAGCGGUGUUCCGCUUUAAGAGCAGCCGGGAGCCCAGAGGCGGGGAGGGGACCGCGGCCGCCCGGACCCCCGCGGCGGCGCGCCGGGACUGCUCCAGAGACGCUGCGGGCGCCGGCCGUUUCUGCACGACGUUGGCUCCCGCUCCAGCAGCCGCGUUGGAUCCCACGGCCUACUGUGAGACUCCGGUGUACAACCCGGAUCUCUGCCCCAACAUGAUCGCGGCCCAGGCCAAGCUGGUGUACCACCUGAACAAGUACUACAACGAGAAGUGCCAAGCCAGGAAGGCCGCCAUCGCCAAGACCAUCCGCGAGGUCUGCAAAGUCGUGUCGGACGUGCUCAAGGAGGUGGAGGUGCAGGAGCCCCGCUUCAUCAGCUCCCUCAACGAGAUGGACAACCGCUACGAGGGCCUGGAGGUCAUCUCGCCCACCGAGUUCGAGGUGGUGCUCUACCUGAACCAGAUGGGGGUGUUCAACUUCGUGGACGACGGCUCGCUGCCCGGCUGCGCCGUGCUGAAGCUGAGCGACGGGCGCAAGAGGAGCAUGUCCCUGUGGGUGGAAUUCAUCACCGCCUCGGGCUACCUCUCCGCGCGCAAGAUCCGCUCCCGGUUCCAGACGCUGGUGGCUCAGGCGGUGGACAAGUGCAGCUACAGGGACGUGGUGAAGAUGGUGGCGGACACCAGCGAAGUGAAACUGCGGAUCCGGGAUCGGUACGUGGUGCAGAUCACGCCGGCGUUCAAGUGCACGGGGAUCUGGCCGCGCAGCGCGGCCCACUGGCCGCUCCCCCACAUCCCCUGGCCGGGACCCAACCGGGUGGCGGAGGUCAAAGCGGAGGGGUUCAACCUCCUGUCCAAGGAGUGCCACUCCCUGGCCGGCAAGCAGAGCUCGGCCGAGAGCGACGCCUGGGUGCUGCAGUUCGCCGAGGCCGAGAACCGCCUGCAGAUGGGCGGCUGCCGCAAGAAAUGCCUCUCCAUCCUCAAGACGCUGCGGGACCGCCACCUGGAGCUGCCGGGCCAGCCCCUCAACAACUACCACAUGAAGACGCUGGUCUCCUACGAGUGCGAGAAGCACCCCCGCGAGUCGGACUGGGACGAGUCCUGCCUGGGCGACCGGCUCAACGGCAUCCUGCUGCAGCUCAUCUCCUGCCUGCAGUGCCGGCGCUGCCCCCACUACUUCCUCCCCAACCUCGACCUGUUCCAGGGCAAGCCGCACUCGGCGCUGGAGAACGCCGCCAAGCAGACGUGGCGGCUGGCCAGGGAGAUCCUCACCAACCCCAAAAGUUUGGAGAAACUUUAGAGGGCAGCGCGACCGGCGGCCGGACCGCGGGGACUCUGCCGGGAGUCCGCAUCGCGCGGGCGCUCCCGUUCCAUCCCCUCCACUACCCCGCUUGACAGCACGGACCGUCUCCCCCUUCGGAAGGAGGCACGACCCGGGGUCCAGCCGCCCCUCGGCGGGGAGAGAAGCUGGCGGCGGAAGCAGACGAAGGAGAACCCCGGCCCCCAAGUGUUCGGGGCUCCCUCACGGGAGGUGUCCUCGCUCCCGGAAAAGCGCACCGCGACCCCUGGAAGAGCAGCCCGACCCGAGGCGAGACCGCAGGCAAGGCUGCCUGACCCGCAGCGGAUGCAGCGC